AACAUAUUUUCCCACAAAUUCAAAAUCUAUAUUCUUUCUUCUUCUUCUUCUUCUGCCUUCUGAUCAUCUCUCUUUGUUAGUUCAAUUUAUUACUACAAUGAGGAAGCCAGAGACAACGGGUGCGAGCAGUGGCAUGACGACAACGAAGCUCCGGAAAGGACUCUGGUCUCCUGAAGAAGAUGAUAAGUUGAUGAGCUAUAUGCUUAACAAUGGCCAAGGCUGUUGGAGCGAUGUUGCUCGUAAUGCAGGUCUUCAACGUUGCGGUAAGAGCUGUCGUCUACGUUGGAUCAAUUACUUACGCCCUGAUCUCAAACGUGGAGCUUUCUCUCCCCAAGAAGAACACCUUAUCAUACAUUUGCAUUCUCUUCUUGGAAACAGAUGGUCUCAAAUUGCCGCACGAUUACCGGGAAGAACCGAUAACGAAAUCAAGAACUUUUGGAACUCCACCAUUAAAAAGAGGCUCAAGAAUUUGUCCUCAACACCAUCACCAAACACCAGCUCCACCGGCUCCCCCUCUACAGACUCAAAACCUAACCUUUUUGGUGGCCUCUUAUCGACUCAAGACCAACAACAACAAUCACAAGGCUUAAUGGAUGAGUUCCCCAUCUAUGCUUCGGAUCCUAUUAUCGGUCUCGAUCCUUUCCCUUUCAUCUCCGCCCACAGUGGACCAUUCUUCUCCACCACCACCUCGACCUUCACCGGGGUCGAACCAAGUUUUUUCCAUGAAGAUCACGAGAGUUUCUUUAGUAAUCUCCCUCUUUUGCAGAGUGUUAACAACACCACCACCGUCACUGCCACCACUGUCGUCGAGAGAAGCUUAAAAAAUGAAACCAUAGUUAAAGAAGCUAACCAUAGUAAUUACUUAAUUAACAACAUCAACUGCCUUGCUAAUCAUAAUAAUUUUAGCAACAAUAAUAAUCCAAAGACUGAUAACAACAUUAAUGGUGGUGGGGUUGGAGCAAAUAAUUUUCUUCAUGAGGAAUUUUCAAUUGGGGAAUGGGACUUGGACGAUUUGAUGAAAGAUGUUCCUUCUUUCCCAUGUCUCAAUUUUCAAGUCCAAUAGUAAAUUCAGAAAUUAUUCGAAAAGACCACAACACAAUAAUAUCGACGACGGAUAAUUUUAUCCUCGAAGAAAAUAGACGAAAUAUAUCAAGACGGUCAUUUUAGAUAAUUUUUCGAGAUGUAUAUUAACACUUUCACAGGGAUAUAUUUAGGGUUUGGCUAGAUUAUUCUUCACAUCUCUAUCUUUUCUAGAUCUCUUCAUUUUCUUUGCCUUUCUAUAUAUAAACUUUCUUCUUCUUCUUCUUCUUCUUCUUUUUAUUUUUUUAAUUUUGAAAAGCUGUUCAUAUAUAAUGUGAAGUAAUAUAAAAAAAAAAGGAGUCUAGGGUUGUGGUAUGAACAUUGAAGACCCUUGGAAGGCACUCCAUUAAAGAGGGCUAUGCUUUAAGCUAGAGAAAGAAAGAAAGAAAGAGAAAUUAACAAUAUUAUUGCAUACACAGUGUAUAUGUAGUUUAUUAUUAUUUGUAAACAUGCAUGUACAAAAAAAGGAUAUAUGAAUAUAUGUCUUUAGUUGGUGAAAUUAAUGGAAGUUUGUUAUU